AUGAAUGCAGAGCUUGGUGAAGCGGGCAAGGAUCCUUCGGCAGAUGUCACGGGAAAUGACGAAAAUCCCCGACAAUCGUUGGAUGAUGUGCCUGUCGCUUCUUCAGCGUCAACUGGAGCGGAAGAUGCUGACCCUCGAGCAGCGAAUCUGGCUCAUGAGGGUGAGGAGGCCGAGUGGCCUGAUGAUGAGCUUGAUGCUAUAGCCCAACAAGAUAAUUCGAACGCAGAAUUCAAAGCUGCAGAACGCCACUUUCAGAGCAUUGAGAAUCCUUCUUUGGCAGAUCAAAUUCUCUUCGAAGCUGCUGAAAUGGAAGAAGAAGCGCGCGAAAGAAGAGUCGCCGCGAGAGAAGCUUUUCAGGCAGAGAACCAAUCGACAAUCUCUAAUGAAAAGGAUUCAGGAGCAGUGCUCGAUGAGCAAGUGCCUGCUGAAGUCAUGGCGCAGCCGUCGGAGAGUACCGGGCAACGUUCACGAGUACCACGAAACAGAAAGAAUAGACUUUCAGCUGAGGAGAAGCGCAAGAGCAAGAAGUAUGGUCUCAAUUCCGUUUUAAAGCAAAUGGGUCAGAAAACUGCAAGAAAGUCUAGAAAACGGAAAAGUGAAGACACUACCCCUGAUCCCGAGCCAGUCGAUGCUCCCAAACGCAAAAAGGCAAAAGGGUUUACUACUCAGGCAUCUAAGGAGUUUCUCAGAACUCUCAUCACCCCCAACGUUAUCGAAGAUGCGCACGCUAGCGCUUCUGCACAGGCCAUGCCUGAGUUUGGAGAGAGGGACAAAGAGAAGGCAUUCAGACGGAUGAUUGCCAGUAUUCCUGCGGCGGAUCUUGCCGAAGCGAAGUCAGAUCAUAAGCAAAUAAUAAACGCAAGCCGCAAAUUCUCGAAAGGUGUGAGAAAGGAUGGGACGGGAGGUUAUCGCAUCCCAGGCAUGAGAACAAGCCUGUACCACUACCAAUUGCUGGGAGCAGCAUUCAUGCGCGAUCGGGAGAACUCAUCUUAUCCACCCUACGGCGGAUUUCUGAGCGACUUCAUGGGUUUGGGUAAGACCAUUCAAGCACUAGCAAACAUCGUCGAUGGGCGGCCCUCAGACCCAGAAGAUCCCAUCAAAACCACACUGAUUGUUGUUCCAUCACAUUUGGUAUCUCAUUGGAAGAAUCAAAUUAUCAGACAUUGCGAUGGUAUUAAACUCAAGGAGAUCGUCACUUACUGUGCUGGACAUAGAUUGGAUACAUUGGACAUCGUUGGAAGCCUCCAGGAAUACAGUAUCAUCAUCACCACGUAUGACGAGGUGAGAAGGUCAUACCCUCAAAGCUGCAAGCCACCAGCGGCGACCGGGACUGAGGAUGAAGUAAUUGCAUGGUGGGAUAAACAUUACGAAGAGCAUCUCGGCCCCCUGCAUAAGAUAAAGUAUCACCGGAUCAUUCUUGAUGAGGGGCACCUCAUCAGAAACCAUGGUUCAGCUGUAUCGAUGGCUGUCUGUGCUUUGACUGGCACUAACAAGUGGAUCCUGAGUGGCACGCCUAUACACAACUAUAUCGAUGAACUAUUCCCUCAGUUUGACUUCCUGGGGGUCCCCGGCACUAAAACCCAUGAAACCCGGCUUUUCUCAUUUCCUUUGGUCAAACUACCGGAUGUUCGUGAUGAAGUCAUCAAAGCCGAGUUCUGUGAUGCUGAACGUGAGCUUUACAAUGCCAUUGAAGACCUUUUCAUCCAGAACAUCAAUCAACUUGCGAAAGACAAGCACCCGAAGCUGGCUCAAUACCGAUGUUUCCUGACAAUGAUACUGAUACUCCGCAUGUUCUGCAGUCACCUUCUAACAGCUCAUGAUAUCAUCAAGAAACUACUCUCAGAAAGACUUCUUAUGGCGAAACUCUCUAGGAUGGCUAAUGGGCGAGGCGAACAGGACCCCACGUUCAUAAUAGUACAACGACUGAUCGCGAUCCGCAGCAACCCAACAGUCAUCUGCGAUAAACGCGAAGAGCAUCUGGUUCAUUCUCCAAAUCUUCAAGGAGAUAGGGAGAAGCUAGUAAGGGACUAUUAUGACUUGAUGCUCAAACUCCAUGAAAGUGAGCAGUGGGACGAACGUCUUAAGAGGAACAGUUGUCCGCACUGCAAGUACGUUCCCGUCUAUCCCGUCAUCACAUCAUGCCAUCAUCUCUACUGCGAGGAAUGCUAUAGUUUUCUCUCUGUCAAUGUGAGUACAGAUGAGGGCAAGCCCAUUUGCCGUGUCUGCCAAGAACCUAUUCAGGAAGCAGCCUAUUGUGACGCGGUCGAAGACAUCGAGCUUACACGGACACAUCCCACGCAGAACCCGCAACAAGAAACAGCGGCUCAAAGCAAGAAGAACAAAUCCAAGGCGGGCGUGUGGCGAAAGCCCCAGGGCUCAUUUCGGCGACCGGCUUACCUGAACUCGGAUGAGGAGCCACCUACCGAGCCAGAUGCAGACGAGCAAACAGACUGGAUAGAAGCAUGCGCGAGUCAGAUGCCAUCGGCCAAAAUGACCAAGAUCCAAGACUUGGUGGCGAAAUGGCUGGCUGAGUCGCCAAGGAACAAGAUCGUUAUCUUCACUCAGUUUCUCGACUUCAUCCGCAUUUUGGGUAAGAUGUGCCAGAGGGAGAAGUGGCCGGUAACUUCGUUAACUGGAAAAAUGAACCUGGCCAAACGAGAAGCAAGCAUGAAGCAGUUCAGCGACGUGAACGGCAACACGAAUAUCAUGCUGGCGAGUCUGAAGGCUGGUGGCAUAGGACUGGAUUUGACCGCGGCGAACAAGUGCAUUCUGGUCGAUUUGUGGUGGAACGAUGCCGUACAGGAUCAGGCAAACAGGUUGUUAACUCGAUCCCAGGCUUUCUGCCGGCUGUGGCGCAUUGGCCAAACUCAGGAGGUGGAGUACAAGAAGAUCAUCGUCAGUGAAACCAUCGAUGACUAUCUUCUCCGGCUUCAAUCAGAGAAACUGGCAUCGAUCGAGGAGACCAUCGGCGACGAAAAGCUCAAGGGCCGCGACACAAUGGCAGAACUGCUCAACAUGUUUGCAGAUGUCCAGGUAGAGAACGGCGCCUUCAGAUUAACUCGCAAACCCAAGAAGUCGAAUGCGUCCUCGAAGCCAGACGGCAAGGUAAAUGAGAAGCAGAACGAUCCCCCGGAGUCGGAGCCAGUCCCUGCCGAUUCUUGA